AUGGCUUUUGACCACCUCUGGACCCUCUUGUUUGCUUGGAUAUACCUCCCUUGGCUGUGUCGCUCCACUUCACUCCCCGAUGCGCUCGAUCAUCCCGGGGAAUUCAACCGCGUCGUUUCCCCCACCGUUUUCGCCUCCCUGGAAGAACUCGCACGUGUCGUUGACGUGUCCUACUGCGUUGGGAACACGGGGAUACAGAAGCCUUUCGAAUGUCUAAGCCACUGUGCUGAACUCCGCGGAUUCGAGCUGAUCGCCUCGUGGAAUACGGGACCUCUACUCUCCGAUUCCUGUGGUUACGUUGCGCUCUCCCACGCCCCCUCGUCGAAACGCAUUGUGGUGGCGUUCCGCGGCACCUACUCCGUGGCCAACACCAUCGUCGACUUAUCGGCGUACCCGCAGGCCUACGUUCCCUACGAUGCCGGAGAUGGACGUGGAGGAGGCGAGCAGCCCCCGCGCUGUCGGAAUUGCACGGUGCACGCUGGAUUCAUGACCUCGUGGCAGAACACUCGCGCGACCGUCCUGCGGCACGUCGCCGCCGCUAGAGAGCAAUUCCCGGAGUACGAGCUGGUCCUGGUCGGCCACUCGCUUGGCGGGGCGGUUGCCGCGCUGGCCGGGCUCGAGAUGCGACUCCGCGGGUGGGACCCGCAGGUGACCACCUUUGGGGAGCCGAAGGUCGGGAACGGGGACUUUGUCCGCUUCCUCGACGCCGCUUUUGGCUUCCACGACGACGCCGACGAACGGGGGUCUGAUGAUCGACGAUGGCGGUUUCGCAGAGUUACCCACGCGCGUGAUCCCGUGCCUCUCCUACCUCUGGCGAAAUGGGGGUACGAGAUGCACGCUGGGGAGAUGUUUAUCUCCAAGGUGGACCUGUCGCCGUCGCCGUCGGAUGUGGCACUCUGCAAGGGCCGCAAUGAUAGUCGGUGUAUAUCCGGAUCACAGGCUGCUCAGGAAUUCGCGCUACGUGAAGUGAGGUCCCUUCUCAUGGAGGGCCAACGACAGCCGGACUGGUGGUAUCCGGCCGGCCAGGCAGUGUUGAGACCGCCGACCCCAGGAUCUCAGCAACAUCAGGAACCGCAGCAGUCACGAUUCCAUUGGCCGUGGGACCGUGUCCCCGUCAGGUAUCGGCUAUGGGAGCUGUUCUUCGCCCAUCGGGACUAUUUCUGGCGCCUGGGCCUUUGCGUUCCCGGUGGGGAUCCGACGGGGAAGGGAUAG